CCUUCGAGUCUCUCACAUUCUUUAAUCUUCGCUUUCUGCAUUUAGAUAUUGACACUGUCUUUCAGUAGAGUAGCACAACCAUCCGCCCAGCUGCAUAUAAGCUUUUAGGAGGCUCUCUGUGCUUCAUAGUCUCCAUCUGGAGUGGUGCACCAAGGCGUUGCCCUAUUACAGUAGCACUCUUGUUUGGUUACCGAGGGACAGAUUCUUCACGGAAAAGAGCUUAGGGAAACCUGCCAAGCUUCGGUCUGAAUAGGUUGUGAAAGGUGAUUUAUCGGGACCGGUAGAUAGUGCGUUCCCGGCAUCGUCUUCUGAUGAGGAAGGCAGCAAGCACAGGAACACUAAGGAAGUUAGCCGAAGGAAAGAGCGGCGAUGUCGGCUCUCACGGCCGCUGCCAGCCGCUCAUGCGCAAGUCAGGAUCGAGUGGUGGGCUGAGUUCGACGGGACGUCACAAAAAGGUAUCUUCGGACAACGACUUGAGGCAGAUGGGCAGCCUGCCCACCCCGCUACAGAGGACCAGUGUGCGCACACAAGCCACUGCACACUUUGCGCCGCCCCCUGCCAUGGAAGUGGCUGAGGACGUUGUGGAAGCCUCCUUUGCCCGUGGUCUGGCCUCAGCGGAGUGUUUCGAGUUGUAUGGGCCGGUGCGCAAGGCGCCACCUCUGACGGAAGCUGCCAGCCCCGAGGACGCAGCUACCGGGGCAGCUUCCCUGCCGCAGCUGCCGGCGGGGGCAGCGCAGCAGAUGGCGGCCUGCCUAGCAACGCCCUUCACUGGGACCGACAAGAAUAUGGGCGAGAUUCUGCGCUCGGAGGUCGACCGGCUGAAUGCCAACCAGGAGUUGCAGACACAGUUGAGGUAUGCAGAGGAGCUGCGUCAGAAGCAGGGCAGCGAGGAGGAAGAGAAGGAUGAGCAGGAUGCCCUGCUGAAGCAGUCUGGCCGCCAGCGCAGGGUCCGCAUGCGGCGUCGUUCCUCGGACGAGCUGAUGGAGACGCAGCUGCUGCAGGAGUUUGGCAUCGCCGGUGGCGGCCGGCCGCUCCCGCCGGGCCGGCCGGCCGAGCCGCACUCGCCGGAAACGCGCGUCGCUCUGGACUCGCUGUACGCCAGCAUGGAUGACAACACCAAUCGGCUGACGUUGGACGAGGCUGAUCUUGGCAAGGUCUCCGCUGACGUCACCAAGGAUGACUACAUCUUCCCAAUGGAGCUGGGCGAGCCAGAACAGGCAACCAAGACAUCUGCCACCCGUGGGCGCACCCUCAUCAACAUCACAGCGCGCUCUGCCCCGUCCCCGGCAUAGGAGUCUCAGAAAAAUAUUUCGCCAGAUUGUAGUAAAAGUGGAAGAGCUGGCGGUCUUCAUGACGCAGCAU